AAAGACCAUGCCUUAAAUUCUCUCAGCUAAGUAUAAAGGAUUCCCUCAGAGAUUUGUUUAAGCCCAAAAUUGAGGUGUUUCUGAUAAUGUAUACAAGGAACAACCUAAACUGUGGGCAGCCACUGUUUGAGCAGAAUAACUCACUCAACGUUAAUUUUCGCACAAACAAGAAAACAGUCUGGAUUGUUCAUGGAUACAGACCAACAGGCUCCACUCCACAAUGGCUUCAGAACUUUCGAAGAAUUUUGUUGAUUGAAGAUGAUAUGAAUGUAAUUGUAGUUGACUGGAACCGUGGUGCUACAACUCUUAUUUACAGUAGAGCAAUUAAAAAUGCCAGAAAAGUUGCUGCAAGUUUGAGUCAAUGCAUUCAGAUACUUUUGAAGCAUGGAGCGUCUCUUGAUAAUUUUCAUUUCAUAGGCAUGAGCUUAGGGGCUCAUGUUAGUGGAUUUGUUGGAAAGAGAUUUCAUGGUCAUCUUGGAAGAAUAACAGGUCUUGACCCUGCUGGACCAAAAUUCUCUGGAAAACCAUCCAAUGCCAGAUUAGAUUACACUGAUGCAAAGUUUGUGGAUGUCAUCCAUUCUGAUACCAAUGGUUUAGGCAUUAAAGAACCUGUGGGACACAUGGAUUUUUAUCCAAAUGGAGGAGUAGAGCAACCUGGCUGUCCUAAAUCAGUAUUUUCAGGAAUACAAUUUGUUAAGUGUGACCACCAGAGAGCAGUUUACUUGUUCAUGGCAACUUUGGAAACAAACUGCAAUUUUAUUUCAUUUCCUUGUCAUUCAUAUGAUGCUUACGAGACUGGUUUAUGUGUGGAUUGUGACAACUUUAAGAAAAAAUCAUGUCCAAGGCUAGGUUUUCAGGCUGAGCAGUGGAAAGAUGUUUUAAAAGAAAGAUCUCUUAGGAUCACUGUGUUUUUGGAUACUGCUGGCAAAAAUCCAUUCUGUACCUAUUAUUUUGUUCUCAGUAUAAUUGUUGUGGAUAGCACUAUGAAGGAUGGCCAUAUUACGUUUAAAUUAUUAAACCAGCUCGGAGUGCUUCAAGAACCAAGGCUCUAUGAGGAGAACAAAUCAUUUCAUAAACUUCAAGAAGUCAAGAUUCUAGUUCAAUUUUUAAAUGAUGUAAAUAUUUCAAGCAUUGGUUUGGCGUAUCAGAGCUCAAAUCGACAAUGUUCCACACGCAAAUACAGCAUCAAGCGUUUCAUGUUAAAAUCACUUACAUACCCAGAAAGAACGAAUAUCAAGGAGGAGGAACAUUUGUGAAUCUUCCAUCUCUCUACUUGUGUUCAUACCUUGAUACACAGUACUGACCACCUAUCUGCAAGUAUGAUUUUAUACUUAAAGAAAAUGAAGAAGUAUUUU